GGGGGGUGUCAGCCUAUUUAUUGCCCUUCUGUUCGGUUGUCGUAAAUUCCUCUAUUCCUUUACUUCCUUCUCGUUCUAAGCUUUGCGUCCCCUUCCAGUGUUUUUAGGGCCCGAAUCUGUCCGCGAACCACAACGCAUCGCAAUCCUCCAGCCCUUUCCUACUUCGCCACUAUGGCUUCAGACACCACCCCGUCCCCUCAGCCUCGUCCUCUGCACUACGAUCAGGACCCGUCUCGCUUUCCGCUCGAGGGCGGUUGCUCGUGCGGUCUAAUCCGCUACGCCAUCCUGGCUGCCCCUCUAAUGGUACACGACUGCCACUGCACUGUGUGUGCCCGCGAGGGUGGCGGCACGCAAGCCAUCAACAUAAUCAUAGAGCAGGCCAAGUUCCGUCGCCUCCCGCCAGCCAAGCACAACACGGUACCCCUAAGCCGAGCCGACGAGGAAGCUGGUAAAGCCGCCUCACGUUGCCUUCCCGAGCUGCCAAAACCAGCCAGUCUCGGCCUCUACCCCGACGCAGAUGGCAUCUUCAAACCACUCGUCGUCGAGACACCGUCCCAAUCUGGACUCUACCAGUGGAUUGCCCGUUGUCCUCGUUGCUUUGUGGCUGUAUACUCCGAGUAUGCCAGUGGGCCGUUCGUCAAAUAUGUGCGUGGAGGUACCCUCGACAAGGCAUGGUUGAUUGGCCCGGAUGUGCACAUCUUCACCAGGUCGCGGCGGGACUUUCAAGGACCUUUUCAGGAUGGCAAGCCUGUGUUUGAAGAAUUCUACGACCGUAACGAGGUGUGGCGGGCGGACGCACUGGAAAGAUGGAAUGCGCUGUUGCCUGAGAUUCGCGAGUGGCAGAAACCUGUAAUCGAGAAGUGGAAAGAGUACAUGGCCAGCCAGGAGUCUGACAACGCCACCAGCUGAUGACAGUCGCCCAGAGAGUGUACUCAUCACCGUGGCUGAUAGCGAAAAGACAUGAAGCCAUACUGGUACUCAAGUCUCAAUACACGACGAUGCCGCAGUGGCUUUGGAGGCACCAGAGACAUGUGCUGCCACUGUGCCUCUGGUCCUCCGGUAUGCUCUGUACAGGGGGUCGCGCCUACUCGAACUCUGUCGCUGCGAUGAAUAUCGAUUUUCCACGUUAUUACUAUUAUUGGUAUUUGCUCGAUCGCGCAGUAUGAAGGUAAAGCUUGGUUAGGUAGUAAAUAGCAUUGCCGCAGAGGUUGGAACCGCUUGAGUGACACGCGUUGCCAACAGCUC